ACCAGUACGAGGUAUUACGAAUGUAUGGACCAGUACCCGUCACGCCGCGCUGGACAGCCCACGACUUCCACACCCUCACCAUCGACGGCAAAGAAUACACCAUUCCUCCCGACACCAGCGUAAAGAUCGACCUCGUAUCUCUACACCACGACAAGAAGACCUGGGGUGAUGACGCCGACGAGUUCCGCCCCGACCGCUGGAUCCCGAGCACCUCCUCGUCAUCGUUAACCCAGGCAGCCUCCUCCUCCACCACCAGGUCGAGCAUCGGGACGUACGACUGGCAAUCCGAGUCCCUCAUCUCUACCGCCGCAGGCACCUUCUUGCCUUGGACCGGCGGGCCCCGGGUGUGUCCUGGCAAGAAAUUCUCCCAGGUCGAAUUCACGAGCGUUCUCUUGCGGCUGUUCCAGGGCGGUGCGCGGGUUCGCAUUGCUGAGGAGGAGGGUGAGUCGUCUGCACAGGCUCGAGCCAGGGCUCGUCGGAUUGCUGGGGACCCGGAUCACUCGAUUACGCUUAGGAUGAAGGGGAGUAAGGAGAUUGGUCUGAAGUGGUAUGUGAAAGAGAAUUGACAUGGAGACAUACAAUGAAAAUGGCUUGGAAGUGGGAUCAAGACUGUCAAUUAGUUGGUAGGUAGGUCUUUGACCUGUGUAUGACCAGAUAUUUUGCACACUUCAAAGAAUGUCAUAUACGCCCUCUACGACCG